CCACUGAGACCUGAAUUAGAUCACAAAUGGGCCAGUUUGAGAAAUUAUUCCGCGAGAGAAAUAUUUUGGGCACAAGAAUUCGAAAAACAUGGGCAGUGUGCAGUCCAAGAUCCUCGAAUCGGUAGCGUCUUUGGUUACUUCAAUGCUGCUCUUGUUUUGUAUAACAGAACAAAUCUUUUAAACACACUGAAACGCAAUAAUAUUGUUCCCAGCAAUCGAACAAUGUACAGUAAAAUAUACUUCCAAAACGUAAUGAAGAAAGAAUACGGUUAUCCAGCUUGGUUAUUGUGCAGGCCAGGUCGCGGGAAA